AUGUCGUUCUGCUUUGGUUUUCAAGGUAUCGCCCAAAAGUUUUUGCUCACGGGCUUGUAUCCUUUUCCGCUCAAAGACGGUCACGUUCCUCUAUCUGAUGGCGCAGGUGUCGUUGCCGCCGUCGGGUCUCGCGUACACCGAUUCAGAGUCGGUGACCGGGUGGCAACUUUAUUCCAUCAAGAUCAUCUAGCCGGACCUCUCGACGCGAAGAGCCGCACCAGCGCCCUCGGUAGUUCUCUCGACGGCGGCGUAUUUACGGAACAUGGCCUCGUCAAUGUUCAGGAGAAUCUAAGCUUGUUGGAGGCUUCAUCUCUGCCAUCCGCUGCAUUGACUGCUUGGAAUGCCCUUUACGGCCUUGAAGGUAUGGUAUCGAGGCAGGGUGACACUGUCCUUACUGAAGGCACAGGAGGUGUGAGUAUCUUCGCCAUGCAGUUUGCCAAAUCUGCCGGUGCUAAAGUUACUGCAACGACAUCGACAGCCCAAAAGGCAGAACGGCCCAAGGAACUUGGCGCCGACUACCGGGGCGAGCCUGCCAAGAACUCGACCCCUAACGAGGAGCGGGUUUCCGCCGUUGUUGAGGUAGGAGGUCCAGCAUCUCUGAGACAGGCGCUCACUGCCUUGAAGUUCGAUGGCUCGAUCUCGAUGGUAGGAUCAGUCGGUGGAUUUGUUGACCCUGGAAGCAACACCGAGGAACCGACAUUCUUCGAUACGGCCAUUCAUUCUUGCACUGUGCGAGGCAUAGCGGUUGGAUCCAGGCUACGGUUUGAGGAUACGAAUCGCGCCAUCGAAGUAAAUGAUCUCCAUCCCGUUUUGGAUAGACAGACAUUCAAGCUGGAAGAGGCCAGAGAUGCCUACCAAUAUAUUUGA